CUGUCUAAUUAAAACCUAAAACAUGCUGAUGCACACUCAAUUGGCUCGAACCUUGUCUUUCACAGUAUGAUUAUGCUCAGAGAUUAAGGAACCUCUCUUACAGUCAGAGCCGGUUGAUGUAAAUCCCUCCUUAUCAAAGCAUUUAUUACCUUCAAAUGAAUCUUCAUCCCCUUGUGUUGUCUUCCUGCAGUUAGACACUUCCAAUAGCUGUGAGGAAAUGAUCAAGACAAGGGAAGCUGACACCUCCAGGACAGCAGUGGUUCCUUAAGGUGGUCUGACUGGGAAGCACGGGGCAGGACGACGGGCCGAGCGUCUGCCUGAGGCUGAGAAAUACUGAACAGCUGAACUAAAGCUUAAUGUCAGGACGGGGCACGCUCGCAUGCGAGCGAGUCCACCUUAAAGAAAAAGAACAGCCACUAGUGAUGUUUUCCAAAUACAGUCACAUUCUUGGCAGCACCUUGGCUCGUUCCUGCCAAAGGAGGGAGGGAAGAAGGAUGAGAAAGACCAAAGUGAACGUGGGAGCUAGAAGAUGUUUUCCUUUCCUCUCUCUCUGCUCGCUGUCUCGCACGUUAAAAGUAAACACGCUGGCGUUAUCUAUACGUGUACUUUAAUCUUCAGGCUUGGCUCAGACGUGGACGUGAAAGUAUACAUUGCCUCAUUUAGCCCCUGUUGACUUUAUGUUCCCUCCUCACAUUUACACAAACCAGUUACUCCCUCUGCGUUGAGCCAAGUCUGUCUAUACAGUGAUCCUUUAAAAGGUUUCGUACGUCUGUGCUAAAGCAUCUUUGGGUACUCUCUCUGUGCAUUUGUCAUUACUUUGGUUUUCUCGUUGUUGUAUUGAUUAUCUGACAGAAUUAUGCAGAGUAGAACCCGGGAUGGCUCUCGAGGACCUAGAAGGUCUGUUCCCGUCCGGACUGUUUCCAUAGCAUGAGCGGUUCUGGCACGGUGUUAAUCGCGGAGCGGAGCUGUCACACAGUUUCACUUUUCCCAGAGAUUUUGUUUUGGAAGCAGGUCAUUAUUUUUGAAAGUGACGCACAGACGAUCUGAGCGUUUGAGAGAGCCAGAGAAUGAGGUGAAGACAGCCAAAGAAGUGUUGACGUACAGUACGGUGCGGAGAGAGACGAAUCCAUGAAACGGGGAAAAGGGGAGAUAAAGGAGAGGGGGAAAGAAAUUCACUGAAAGGAGCAGAUAAGCACUCGAUGCCACUCCACUCUCCACAACCCUGAGAUUGGCGACUCCGGCCCCCCCGCCGCCGCCACCCCCGCCCCCGGACCUGCCCGUUUACCUCAGCGAAGCCUCAAGCAUCCUUAAUAUCUCACGCCUUCUCACAAAGCCACAACACGCCAACCUCAGAGAGGGACGGCUCCCUCGCCGGAGCCCCCCCCCUCCCCAGAUCCCCCCAGGGACGGGAUCCUGUCUUGUUCCACUGACUGACCCCUCCCAACCGGCGAAUGACAAGCUUGCAUCCGAGGGUGGGGCUUGCCUCAGUCUCUCACGAUUGGCUGCUGGAUGGAAUUAAGGUGAAUGGAACACAUGCCCAAGGAGCAGGACCUUAACCCAUCAGAGGGAGAAGAGAAGCGGUGGCUCAAUGGCCCAAAAAGGAAGCGGAAGAACAGCCAAUGUUCGGUGAAGAGUAUGACUGGGUACAUCCCCAGCUACCUCGAAAAGGAUGAGCCAUGUGUGGUGUGUGGUGACAAGGCCACGGGUUACCACUACCGCUGCAUUACCUGCGAGGGCUGCAAGGGUUUCUUCCGUAGGACAAUUCAAAAGAACCUCCACCCCAGCUACUCCUGUAAGUACGAUGGCUGCUGCAUCAUCGACAAGAUCACCCGCAACCAGUGCCAGCUCUGCCGCUUCAAGAAGUGUAUUGCAGUGGGCAUGGCCAUGGACCUGGUGCUGGACGACUCGAAGCGCGUGGCCAAGCGGCGCCUGAUCGAGGAGAACCGGGAGCGACGCAAGAAGGAAGAGAUGGUGAAAACGCUCCAGAACCGUCCGGAGCCCACGGGGACCGAGUGGGAGCUGAUCCGCCUGGUGACGGAGGCCCAUCGACACACCAACGCUCAGGGCGCGCAGUGGAAGCAGAAGCGCCGGUUCCUGCCGGAGAAAAUCGGCCAGUCCCCGGUCGCCCCCACGUCGGACGGAGACAAGGUGGACCUGGAGGCCUUCAGCGAGUUCACCAAGAUCAUCACUCCUGCCAUCACCCGUGUCGUUGACUUUGCCAAAAAACUGCCCAUGUUCUCUGAGCUGCCUUGUGAAGACCAGAUCAUCCUGCUAAAGGGCUGCUGCAUGGAGAUCAUGUCGCUGCGGGCCGCCAUCCGCUACGACCCGGAGAGCGAGACGCUGACGCUGAGCGGGGAGAUGGCGGUGAAGCGCGAGCAGCUGAAGAACGGCGGUCUGGGCGUGGUGUCGGACGCCAUCUUCGACCUGGCGCAGAGCCUGGCGCAGUUCAACCUGGACGACACAGAGGUGGCGCUGCUGCAGGCCGUGCUGCUCAUGAGUUCAGAUCGCUCCGGUCUGACCUGCACGGACAAGAUCGAGAAGUGCCAGGAGACCUACCUGCUGGCGUUCGAGCACUACAUCAACUACCGCAAGCACAACAUUCCCCACUUCUGGCCCAAGCUCCUGAUGAAGGUGACGGACCUGCGCAUGAUCGGGGCGUGCCACGCCAGCCGCUUCCUGCACAUGAAAGUGGAGUGUCCCAACGAACUCUUCCCGCCGCUGUUCCUGGAGGUCUUCGAGGACCAGGAGGUGUGAGACACGGCUGUCGGCGAGCGGGCGGAAGAGGAAGUCGGGGCAAAGACGAGAAGAGGGAGGACGGAGGAAGAAGGAGCUUUUCUCCAACUUUGCGGUUCAAGAACUGGAAACAGCGAUAAGAGUAACCAGCACACCAGCAGCAGGAGAACCACCCGAGCUCCACCUCUCAUUCCUCCUCUUACUUCCUCUGUUUUAAAAUCCGUGUGGGGGCCCUUCUGUCUGAGCAUGAUGUCUUAUCUAGUAAGAGUUGUAGCCAUUUGCCAAGACACACACACACACACACACACACACACACACACACACACACACACACACACACACACACGGCCACAGCCUGUUUCACCUCAGCUCUUCAGGGCAGCGCUGUGUGCAGGGGCCCGUCCCCUGUUUCUGGUUCUUUUGUAGCGGUCACAGAUUUACAUAUUUUGAAGCUUCAAAGCUGUUUCAGUAUUAUCUCUGAAUAAUAAGUGUUAAGGCAGUAAUUCAGAAAACACGAACAACAGUGGCGUAUUAUCUCUCCCACUCAUGCGUUCAGCAAACACUGCACGCUGCAGCCUCAGCAGAUGCUUUGUUACUCUGAUGUUUAAUGGCUGUCGUACAUGUAGUUAUUACGAUUCCUCAAGUCAAUCUGAGCCGUUGCGUUUCUGGAGCUUUUGGCUCCACGGAUACCAGUGAAACCGGUGCUAUAUUUAUACAAGGCUACUCCAGAUGAAACCGUGCAGCUCAUGGCUCUGUAUUGGUUUUAGUCAUUGGACCAGCUCCUGUGACAUCUGCGUGCGCGCACAUACACACACACACACUCUCACACACACACACACACACUAGCACACAUGCCUUGUCAUUGCUCGUGCUGCUUGUGCCAGCAGCGCAGCGUCUUAUGAAUGACAAUGAAGCCCUUCGCUCCCCAAGCUGUUGCUGCAUGGAAGGCAGGAGCGUAAGAGGAGGGAGGAGGAGGGAAAGUGCGGGAGGAGCAGCCAGAGAUUUAGUAUCUGGACCGAGGCGUCAGAGCCAGGGUUCACAAGUAAAUCUCCCACACCCAGGCUCCAAGGAGGCUCGAAUAGCAGCAGCCAGUGGCAGGACAGCGGAGCUCGUCUUACACAGACACACCUUCUCUCUUUAACACAGACAUACUGUACAGAUGAAAACACACAUCACCUCAGAGUAACGCGAAUGCCUCAUUUAUUGUACGCACCGCCCAGCGGUGUGGAUUUACAGCCCGAGCCUGCAGGGUUUGUACGGGUCCUGUGCUCGUGUGCAGGACUCAGCUCAGUGGGGCCCAGCACGGCUUCCAUACACACUUGUCUUUUAUUUCCAUCGUGGCCGUCACUGAGAGCAGGCAAAUGCCAAGAAGGCUACCAUUUACCUCAAAGCGGACGCACCCCCAGGCUCAGGCAGCAACACUGCCCCUGCGGUGUCAGGCACUACCUCACCUCUGUGGACAGCUGCCCACACACACACACACACACACACACACACACUCACACACACACACUCACACACGCGCUGUUCAAGCUGGCACAUGUGUAGAAUAACCCGGCGUUUGUGUAGGUGUAGGCAAAGAGAAAGCACUCACAGCAGCACACACACCCUCAGUUCUAUCACUUGGUUGAAAUGAAAUACCACUGAAGACAGGAGGGCCAGCCUGCCCCCGGGGGGUCCAGCCUCGAGGGGGGGACCCAGUACAUUCGGAUUAUCUCUUUUUGUUAUGUGGGACCAAGUAUCAUCCUGUGAGAUUUGGAUUUUCCUGUUUCUGUUGGCAAACGAAGGACACGUGGACGUGCCUCCCAGCUCACGGCAGCAACACACCGGACCUGAGACCCCGCGGUGACUCGGCUCAUCCUGCGAGGACGGCGCCUCGUCACUAUGCUCAUCACUAUGACCGCAAGGAGCCCGCGUGUCCAUUCCAGGACGUGAGCGUGAGAGCGGCUGCCCGGCCCCAGAGCAACCUGUGGCAGCGAUCACGGCUAAUCCGCUGCUUCGCGACCACCAGAAGCAUUUCAGCACCUCCAGAAAUGCAUCGCAUGCUCCACUCGGGCCAGAUGCCAGCGCCGAUUCUGGAGCCCAGCUCGGACUGAACUGCCCCACCCCCGCCCCCACCCCCACCCCCACCCAGCCAGGCUGGUGGGAGGUUUUGCACUACUGCAGCAGUUCUCCCUCCCGGGCCCUUACUCCAAUCGGAGCUGGGUCACACUUUCGGUUCCCCCACCACAGCGCGCGUCCUGAUCCGCUCUGUGUGACAGAGUCUGGCAGUCAAAGCGGGCUCAGUCCCAAACCUGCGUGGUGUCAAACCCAGCGAGAGGAGGGAGGGCUGUGUAGCACUUAUUCAUUGUCCCUGUAGCAUCGUUUUCCCAUCAUCCCUCCUAAAGAGUCGUCAGUCGUCCCCUCCUCCCCCUCCUCCUUCCCAGAACCAGCCAGUCCAUUCGCUCACCGCGUGGGUCGACCCAGUCUGACCCAGAGUCGCUCACACCAAAUUGGGUCCCGGCCGCUCCCUUGUGAGACAAGCCCGGCCAUAACCGCCCUUUAGAGUUGCGCCACUGAAUGAAUGUGCACGAGGGGAAAGCUGACUCUUGCGGCUGCAGGGACACGAGGACGACGCGCGGGGGCCUCGACCUCCCGCCGGCAUCAGCGCCGGCAGAGAUGUGGCUUGUUGUAGGGACCGUGUAAAGAAACGCUCAGUCAGGGGACAGGACAAUGAGUCCCACCUCAGCCGACUCACGGCGACCAUCACAACGGAUGCAGGUGUGGAAUCACAGCAACUGCUAAAAGAACUGGGAAGAGGAAAGCGUUGAGGUCCUCGGUUCUCGUGAGCUGAAUGUGUGUGAGUGUGAGUGAGUGAGUGUGCGCGACCGUAGGGGCUCAAAGCUGCUUCACCUUCAGCGUCUGAUCUGGGUUAAGAAACAAAACGAUAAAGACGUGACUUUGAAAAAAAAAAAGACUCCUGAACAAAAUGAUCGGAGAUGUUUUUCGUUUCAUUCUUGUUUUCUUAUUUGUUUUUUUGUUCUUGACGCUUCAACUGCUCUGUGUAAAAGAUGGAAAAAAAACAGCUGUAGUCACUUUUUGGACCAUGCGUGCAGUGUAACAUAGAAAAUAUCCCACGUCUCUCUGCCUCUAGUUUGUGUUGACAAGCCAACGCAUCUGUUCGUCUGUCUGUGUCUGUCUAGUUGUCCGUCCCCUUUUAUCAGGAGGAAUUUUUAAUCAACAAAACAGGAAUUUCUUUUUUAUAUUUUGUUUCUUUUUUUAAUUAAAUGCAACUUUGAAGAAAAGAAAAACACAAACCGUAAAAAUAAUGCAACCAAAACUGAAAAUAACAAAAAAAAGAGAAAGAAACUGAAACACAAUCUUGUCAUACCUCACUCAACACAAAACUCAAAGGACCUUGGGAGGAGUCAUAUUUUGCAGGCACAUGUGAAAGUUCAGAGAUGCAUAUAUAAAUUUAAAAAAAUGUAUAUGUUCAGAUAAUAUGUGCUUGUGUGUACGCAUCAGUGUAAGUUACAAACGGACUCGUCCCUCAAGCUUUGGUGCUCGCUCGCUCUCUCUCUCUCUCAAUGACUUGCUUCUCAGCUGAUGGGAGAACGUGUGACGAUAGAGACCGUCUGCUGACGUGAGCGCAGACCGUAAACUCAAAAUGUGAAUGGCCCAGAGACUGAGAGAUGAAGACCUUUUGUAAUGGCUGAGUGUUUCAUGGUAUUGAAUGUAGCUGACAGGAGGGGGCUGGACCUGAGCCCGCCACCCACAACCUAACUUCCACGCACCAGCAGAAACCCCAUUGUCACAUACACGUUACAAACAACCAACAAAACUGAGAAGUUUAUUGCCCGUCUGCAAGGUGCAAUACUAUGUCAUGUAUUUUUGUAUGUUUUCUGUUCUUUGAUUUUGAUUAUUUUGGCCGUAACCAAGGAUGUAAAUACAGCAGCAGACAACACUCGAGAUUCACUGCAACCCAGUGUCAUGUAAGAGGGGAAGGAAGGAGGCGGCGUGAUGUGUAAUGCAUCUGGAUGAGUGUGCCCACCCUCACUCGCAUGCUCCAUAUUCAGUAACAUGACUCAACCCUGUGCCUCCUGACGUAGAGUCACACCCGUCGCAUCCCCACCGCGGCAUGACGCGCUGCACACGCCUGUGUAUGUGUCUGUGUUCACUCGCUUCGUCCCGGCCCAUGGUGAGGGUGUAGCCGGCAGCCACGGCGGCCGGAGGUCAAGGGGCGAGAGGAGGGCAGGGUAAAGGGGGGCGAGGGGUGGAAUAGAAAGCGUGCUAGAGCGACUGCGGGCCAGCGUGGCUGCUGCACACCCACAGUAUGGCUGGAAACAGUGUCCCGCUCGUGCACCACAACCAGCCUGAAAGAAGCCAGUCUCAAGAAUCUCACAGGCUCCACUGACCAUAGUCAAUGUGGCAAACGUCCAGUUUCUCCUAUGACACAGUAACAAUGAGCCUCCGCCUCUGUCAUGCUCCAAUUGACUGUGUGACAGGAACCAUGGAGGCCGAUUCUGGUGUGACUCUACCUUCAAAUCUGUCUCCAGAUGGAAGGUCACGCCCAUCAUUCAACCAGCUCUGAGGUUUUCGAGCCUGGCUUCCCUCUAGAAACAUGGCGAUUGGGACACGUCAGACAACGGUGGAGAUUUUCUGUGAUGUUUUUUGUCUUUGUUUCAUGGUUGUUUGUGCCCCCCACCUCCACCCCUAUGCCAAAUGUUUGUGAUGACAUGCAAGUAGCAGGACGUCUAUGCAAUUUCCCUCCAAGUCCCCCUGAAACACGAGCUCAGUGUAACGACGCGUCCUGCUCACAGAAUCAAAUUCGGCCUGGAUUCCAGAGGUUCUUACUGUGACCUGGAGACCCUUGCUACUCUGUGUGGGCGAGGGGUCCGGACCGCGGCCGGGCCGGACGGUGGUCUUCAGGGGCCGCCUCUCGGGCCGCGGUGGUCUGGGUCUCCCAAAACCAAGCGGGAGGGGAACUGGGGAUGUUGUGGAGAGUUUUGAGAUGUGCUGUGUUUUGUAAAAUGCUCAGAAGGUGGUGUGUGUGUAGGCUACGUGUGUGCACGUGCGCAUGCACAUGCGUGUGCGUGUGUAUCUGGAGCCCAUGUCGAUUUGAUGCCAAGCUCUCGUUAAUUAUUAGAUGUAGACAGACCCCUAAAUUGAGCCGCUCCAGUUUGCGUGUGAUGCGUCACCUUUUCUACUUUGACCAAGAUAAUGUAACGCUAAAGAGUUUCCUGGGUGGUGGAGGCCAGUUGACGUCUCCCGUGAAAAAUCACUCCACCGAGAUUAAACAAUUACAGGCUGCCAACAAUCAGCUGGCGGCCGCUUAGUUAGUUAGUUAGUUAGAUGAGCACUAGACUUCGAAGCACUUUGAGCCCACAACAAUUCACAAAACGUGGAGGAGUCUGUUGGUUAAUGUUUGUGAGAUAAGAUAUAAAUUGCACCCAAGCCAAAUGCCUUUUGCACCAUUUAAUGUGUUUGGAAUUAGCUUAAAAUAAAGACAGCUGCAGCCUUCGGGCAAAGAACCAUAAUUAUAAAGUUUACAAUUAUUUUUAAUGAAGUGCAAUAAGAGUUAGCAAAUCUGUGGGCGUGUUUCUCGCCUCUUCAGAUCUUUUUUAUAUAUUAGGGGGAGAGGAAGAAUCCCCUGGUUGCCUUGGAGACGCCCCCACCCGCGAGAGCAUGAUUUAGACCCGGCCCAGACACACACACACAUACAAACACGCACACGCUGCCGCUCAGACACACACCACUUUGCUUCGACUGGGUAAAGGAAGCUAUUGAAGGAUUCUCUCAGGUAAAAACAUUUUCUAAUAAACGAUGAUGAACCUUAGAUGAAACCCCAUUGUUAGCUCAUCUUUUUGUUCUGUCGCCUCCAUUUGCAAUCAGCUUUGUACCCUUUGCUCCUCGGCCCUGGACAAGAGCAAAGCCUGGACCCUGCAGCCGUAAAGAGCCGCGCUGUCGUUGAAAUGAAAAGGCCUCGUGUGUGAGAGCGGAGCGAUGACGUGUUUGUUGCUGCAUCUUCUGGAAACUCUCCUGCCGAAAGAAGUAAGAGGUGGAGAUCAGUCAAAGUGAAAUAAAAAACUUUAAUUACUGUUGAAUUAAUUUAAAAGAAAAAUGUAAUCAUAAUUAGACUUUUUUAUCUUGGGUGUACCUAUUUUUUCCACCCAUAAUUUGCGAGGUCCAUUUGUGAUAAUUGACUGGUAUCUUAUUACUUCUGGGAGCAGGCGACUGAGACAUUAUUAUUUAUUUAUUUUUUUUUUAACUCCAGUCGGGUUCUUGACACGUUAAAUAAACCACAGUCUAACUUUGUCUGAACACAAACGCCUCUCCUGCCGUCGCUGACAGUCGCGUGGUCUCUUCGCCUGCUCCCCGUCUCCCGGCUCCACCCGGCUAACGGCUAAAAGCUAACGGCCCGGUUCCUCCGUCCUCGGCUGUGCAUGUGUGUGGGCGUGUGCAUGUGAAUGUGCGUGUCCACGUUGACAUGGGAGCGCCGUGCUGGAAUGUGACGAGCGUUUGCUUUGCGGUGGACUCCGUUUCUCCUCCUGAAGCUCCAAAAGCACCUUUUCAGGCCGGUGCAUGCGUCCGGUUAUGAAUUACUGUUGUUGUGUGUGAAGAAUGUAACUGGCGUUACUGGAGACUAGACAGGAAGGGGUCGAGGGCAGUGGUGGACCUGUUUGUGCUCCUCCACCUCUUCUGGUGGAGCGACGCAGAUGCUGAGUCAUGGUUGAGGUCUAUUUAAGCCUAAAGCGUCAGGUGUGAGCGAACGUGUGCGUCGAGGCCUCGUCCUCGUCCUCGUCCAGACGCACACGAUGCUCCAUUCACUGCUAUGCACUCCAAACACGAUGAGGGGACAGAUGUCUAGUAAACCAAACUUAGAGGAUGGAAAGGUUUUGUGCUGCUCUGACUAUCGACCCGCAGAUUUAUAUUUAUGGGGAUAUUUUUGUAAACAAGUGCGAAAUCACACUCCUAGACAGCAAAGAAUGUACAAGAGUCUAUCCGUGAGUCUGUGGAUUAGAUCAGUAGAUGGGACUGCGUGAGUCACACGACUUCACUGUUAGAUGAGAAAUAUGCAACGCGUCAUGGGGUUCAGGCUGCUCAGGUUGGACCGCUGGCCUCAAAGGGUGCUUCCCCUCGUCCGCUCCGUCUGCUCCCCUGUCCCACACAUGCAGCGCAGCUCACAGAACCGCUGGCUAACGCAAACCAAACAAGCCGUCCCGCUCUGACACCUUCUGCAGCACCAGCAAACCAGCCACCAGCUCUCAGGCUCCUCGUCCCAAAGGAGGCGCCCUCGUCUGCUUUAAGCUAAAAACCCGAGAUCGCGUUUCAAGCGGCCGCUGGCGCUGCUCGACGUGGACUCUGUUUCCCAUUGACUUGAUGUUGUCUACAGACUGCGUUCACAGCCCGCUGUCCUGUCAGAGCACCAUGACCAGGAAACUCCAGCUAAAGGGCAAAAGGGGUGGUGGGGCAUUCAUCUCUCUGCCCAACAGACCUCGAGCCCUGACCUUUGUCUGGACUUUUUGCUUUGUUUCUUCUUUUUCAAGGAGCCUGUGAACGUAUUUGUUACACAAUUUACAAAAAGAUGCAUGUGAGAUUUAAAAACGCCCACAUUUGCACCAGUCCUUGGAGGGUUCCUUACUUCACUGUGACUGCAGAGCCCGUUCUGCAGACACUCAGGGGUCCGGUCCGGUCCGGUCGGGGUCAGGGAUUAGUUGGAAGGUGCCAAAGAUGAUGCGAGGCGUUUGCGUGAACUCAAAGUCAGACGAGUGCCGUCGUCUCUGAAGCUCCAGAGACUCAAGGACGUCUGAGCUGUGAUGGUUCUGGUUCAGCAGCUUCUAACGACGCAUUUCAGCGACUCAGCGGCUCAUGAAAUUCAUUAUGGGAGGAAUGUUGCAGGCGGCCUUCUUCGUGACCUGACGGCCACAAUAUUUAAUAGCGAAAGGACAGCGUGUGCGAUACGACUGCGUUAAGUGGGGCUUGAUUGUGUUUCAGUCAGUGAACAGGAAACAUUCACGAGCCACGCAUCAGUUAUUACAACAGUGCAGGUUCCAGAUCUUCGUAAAACGGGUUUUACCUCCUGGUUUCCUCAGAAGGCUGCGUGACGUCCACUCAGCUCCCAUGAUGCACAGCACACGAGGAAACGCGCGGCCAUUCUCUGCACGAAGGCGAAGAGCAUGAGAAAGGACUUAAAGGCUCACUUAGUUCAUUUCCUCCGGUCGUAGCUCGGUUUUGUCCCGAUGGCGUCAAACAAAGCAGAGGAACUCAAUUCAGGAUCUAUUCCCAUGAUGCACGGCGGCGAACCAGCGGUCCAGCUCCACGCGCUCGCGAGCAGGAAGCCGCCCAAAAUCUACUGUGAUCUCGUCUCCCACCACCCACCCACCCACGCGUUCGUCCACCGGGUCCGUCCUCGUCCACCCCCCCCCCCCCCCCCCCCCCCCCAUCACGAGUCCAGUGGGUGGUGUGUCGUCAGGUUUUUGUGGUGGGCUGCUUCUAACAGGUCCAGACAAUCAGCGUGUUUUAAAUGUCAAUGUGUGAUUUUCAAAUCUUUGUUUAUGGUCAGGGUUUCAGAGGAAGAUAUUUUUAUGGUAUUUGUCGCUGGUCUAUUUUACUAUAUAUUUAUGUAAUAAAUAUGUGACUAAAUUUA